AUGAUAAAACGACGACGUCGAGAAGAGAUUUUACGCUAUUAUCGUGGAUCAUUUCACGGUGCACCUGCUGCAACGAUAGCAUUUGAAUUAGCACAACAAGUGAAUCGUGCACAACGCGAUUUGCUUUGGUUUGCAAUUCUUGGACUUACAAAACAAUUUCUACUUGAAGAAAUUGCUACCGAUAAUUAUAAUUUAAUGAUUUCACGCUUUCAAGAUGAAGUUUUAGCAAUUGAUGCUCCCAUUUCAAAUGAACUUGAUACUGAAAAUGAUCGACAUCCAGGAUAUCACGAUGGAAAAAUAACAUUUGAAGAUGAAUAUCGUUUUAUGUGUUAUCGUCAUUGGUCUUUAUAUGAUGCAAUGUAUUAUUCUGAUUAUGUUGCAUCAAAACUUGGACUUUAUCACAAUCAAGCACGUCGUGUAGGUGCACGAAAUGCAUUUGAUUCAAGUGGAAAGGCUGGAGAUACAGCAUUACAUGUCUUUCUUGCACGUAUGGGCUUUUCAUUACGACAAAGUCAACAAAAAUUUACUUACAUGCCAUUAGAAAUGAAACAAAUGUUGCGGGACAAGACCCAAGAAAUGGCCCCUGAGUUUGGGCUUGAUGACCUAUUUUAUGGGUCUUUUCGACGCAUAUUUGCAUUUCAGUACCAAUUGUGUGCCGCUGAUGCAGUGUAUGGAUUACAAGCAUUAUUAGAGGCACCUGAGAGUUAUGUGGCGACAGUGUUUGAGAAAGAAACACGGUCUCAACAAAAUGUUUGGACAGGGGGGUCUGGUACUCUUGAUUCUAUCAUAAAAUUCAAUAUGGACGAUAGCAGUACGGGUACAGACGAAAAUGUACCCAACGCCGAUUUUCGGCAACAAAAUUUUAUAUUGGCACACACAGCACUUGCAUGCCACUCUGUGGCAUCGAGCAAAUUAAUGGAAAGUGGCAUUAAAGUUGCCAUGUCACUUAAACAAGCGAUUGUACGGGUUGGACUUUCAAUUAUGGAACGAAAAUUAAUUGUGCGAGUAAAACAUUUUCGCUAUGUUUGUCUUAAUGUUCCUGAGCGAGAACAAGAACUUUUUGCACAUGCAAAUGUUUUGACCCAAUUAGCUUUGUUUUUACUCAAUGUGCAUCGUGCAAGUGGAAAAUGGGGUGGGACAAAUGGAUUAGGACGGAAAAAAGUGGAAAAUGGAGACGGAGAAGAUGGAGAUGAUGACGAUGAAACGGUUGAUAGAACGGCGAAAACUAUUGUUCCACUUGUGCUGAUUACACGUAAUCCAGUCCAAAAUUGUUUCUUGAUUGUUGGCUUGACAUGUCCAUCCACACCUGGCGAAAUUCAUCGAAAUACUUUGGGUACGGCAUUUAAAUUGGCAGCAGGUGAAACUGGGGCAAAUUUUCGACAAAAUGGGUUUACAAGUGCAGUGAUCGAGAUUCAAAUGAACGAAAUUCAGUACUUUGUCGAACAAUUGCAUAAUGUAUUAGAUGCAUAA